AUGGCUAUCGAAGCAAGUGCAGAUGGAUGGCUCAUGGUAAUUAUAUCAUCCACAGCAUGUGUUCUCGGUGCCAGUGUCGUAUUUCUCGGUGGAAAAGCACUGGAGAACAAGCAAUUCCUUUCAGCAUCCAUGGCAUUAGGCGGCGGCGUGCUAGUCUUCAAUUCCCUGUACACGUUGUUACCAGCAUCAAAGCAGAAAUUCGACUCUAAUCUAUGGACAUUUUCAUGUUUCUUUGCUGGCGUUGCAUUUACAGUUGGAUUAUCCUAUUUCAUUCAAUGGUGCACGCCACAUGCGAUUCACACUUGCGAUCCAACGUCGACUGCCAUCACAAAGGACACUGCAAAUACCAUCAACGAGCUGGUUCGAGGGCAAGACAUGAUGGAUGAGGAUCAUGCCCACGAAGACGAGGCACAGGACGAGCGAGACUUGAUGAAACCUAUCCUACCACGUUCACCGCCAUUACGUAAUCACCAUCACCACCAUAAGCAUCACCAUAGUAAUAGAGAUUUAGAGUAUGGCAGCAUAGAUAUAGAUGAUCAUGAUCGUGCUGAUCAGGACAAGAAUGACUAUUUUCUUAUUGGUAUACAAACAGCCAUUGCAAUUUGCAUACACAAGUUCCCAGAAGGGCUGAUCAUGUUUAUAUCAAAUGAAUCGUCCAGUCAAUUGGGUCUCAGUGUGGCAGCAGCGAUGACUAUUCACAAUCUGAUUGAAGGGUUCCUGAUCUCGUUGCCCCUAUAUUACGCUACGGGAUCCCAGUUUGCAGCAUUUGCCUAUGCCUCCAUCCUGGGCGGCAUGUCCCAGCCAUUGGGUGCUGUGCUGGGGCUAUUAGCCAUCCGCAAUGUAGAUCAAGAGCAAGAGAGAUUCUUAUUUGGCAUUAUAUUUGGUGUUGUUAGUGGUAUGAUGUGCUUGAUUGCAGUGCAAAGUAUGCUGCCUCAAGCCAUCAGAGCAGAUGCAACGCAUCGAUGCGUACCACUGUUUUUCUUUACUGGUAUAUUUCUAGUUGGAUUUUCUUCGCUGCUCCAAUCUAUCUAA